AUGUUAACUUAAUCUAUCUUGAGCGUUGAAUCCAGCAAGGUUUAUAAACCGAAAACUAGUCAAAUUGGGUUGUUAUCAACCGCAAUUAGCAAACUAGGUGACUCUAACUAUACUACAAAAACCAGAGAGUCAACUAAUAUGUCUCCUGUCAGAAUGAGAUUAUUCAGAGACUCCUCACCUAAGUAAAGCAAAGGCUUGUAGGGAGUAGUAGUUGGGGAAUACCAUGCUUUGACCCCUGCUCAUGUUGUAUUUAGUAGCAUUCAUAAAAGCACGUCUCCUAUCAGAUCAAAUAGGAAUUACAAUGAAUCUCCUUAAAGAGCCAAAGUUAGAUUGGAUAGAUUCAAGAAUUGGGACUCAAAGUUAGGACUUGAGCUCCAAAUCCAAAACACCAAAUUCACUAGACUUAAUAAUGAAUUAUCAUUUUCAAGUUACUAGCCUCAUCAUUUAGCCUCUAAAUCAUCUGUUUUCUUGGGUAACAAUCAGAGUAGAUUGGGUUUUGGAGGACACCAAAGUGAUAUUAGAUUAUUGAGUGCAAAAUUGAAUGCCAUCCCACCUACUCAAAUUGGAGCAUUUACUGUCGGACACAACCAUGAAUUGGCUGAUUUACAACAGUCCCUCACUAGAAUCUUAAAAUAAAGCCGAUAGUAUUGAAAUAAAUUGAAAAUUAUAUUAUCUUAAAAGAAUUUAAUAUGGAUAUAAAAAUAUAAA